AAAGUAUGUCGACCGUUCAUCUUCAAAUAUACAAGCGAUUUUAAGAAGUUUUGAUGCCUGAAGCAAGUGUUUUACGCCUAUAAAUAUUACGUUCAGAGUCCCUAACGAAGUUAAGGAAAAACCAGCACUUCAAGUAGGCCUUUUUAAAACUGGUUGCAACUGGCGUUUUAUGCAUUUUCCCAAUGUGUAAUUAUUUUUGAGCGUAUGUAUAGUUGUUGGGAAAGACAUAAACACAAGGACUAAACCAGUUAUAACAUUUAACAAGAAACUGAUUGGCUUAGAGCUUAAGAAAUAAUCCAAACCCAUUAAAUAAUGUUGGCAAGCAAUGUUCGUAUCCCAUGUAUUUGGGGGAAGUACCAGAUCAAGAAUUAUGGGAUAUAAUUAAUAUUAAUGUGGGAGCCGUAACAAUGAUGACCAAAAUGAUAAUUGAAGAAAUGAAGAAUAAAGGAAGAGGGGCAAUAGUUAAUGUUUCGUCGGGGGCAGAACUUCAGCCGUUACCACUUAUGAAUGUUUAUUCAGCUAGUAAAGUUUACGUCAAAAGCUUUACUAUGGCACUUAGACAUGAAUAUUCAAAGUAUGGUAUUACUGUUCAACACUUAUCGCCUCUUUUUCUUAAUACCAAAAUGAACCAAUUUAGCAACAGGCUACAGGAGAGUGGCCUAUUUGUUCCUGACGCUGAAACAUACGCCAAAUCCGCUGUAAAUUUGCUAGGUCGUGUUGAUCACACUACAGGUUAUUGGGCCCAUGGGAUUCAGUAUUUUUUCACAACGCUUGCUCCAGUUUGGAUAAGGAUAUAUGUUGGAGGCUAUAUGAACCGGACUUUCAGAAAAGACUAUUUUCGUCAAAACAAAAAUAGUUAAUGACGAACUGAUUUUAUGGUACAAUGUACCCUUAUUUUAUUAUGCUUUGUUUUGUUUUUCAAUUCGUUUUAAUACAAAUUGAUGUGCUGUUCUAACUAUUGUAAGUAAACAUAAAUAGGGAAGGAAAUUGUUCGCGGGUGCUUUUUUUCUUAAACUAACGAAAAUGACGCACGGAUGUUAAUAAAAAUCCUAUUUAUCGAGUCGAAGUCGCUUUGAAAUAAUGUAUAUGUAAAAGGCAUUUGUUUUAAACAAUCAACAUGUUACUUUAAUGUUGUUUUACGUACGGAGGGCGAUAAAUAGAAUAAAUGGGCGAUUUUCAAUGUCAAAUUACUUAUUGGUUGGGUUCUAAUCGAUUGUCGAUCGUAUAUUAGAUCAAACGAUAUAAAUCGAUUGAUAAACAAUUCUCUCUUUGAUGUAUAAUUGAUAAUUCAUUGGAUUUGUAUAAGCACUGGAUCGCCAAAGUUCAGAAUAAUAUUGCGUGUGCCAAGAACUGAACUUUUGACUUCAUUGAUUUUUUUUCUAUCAAGUGUUUUGUUAAUAUGAUGACUUAUAGUUUACAGUUGACCGACUUACUUUGACUUUGUGACUUUAAAAUAUUGCAUCGGUCGAUUUACUUUUUUAGUCCAAUUACACAAUUGGAUUUGAUGACAGUAUGCGUAAGUGAGUUAAUCUACGACUUCAAUCUUCAGAUUUCUUCUUCAGGCUCCAGUGUUAACAUUCAAUAUUAGACAUCAAAGAAAGCAAUUUGCUGCGAUUAGAAACCAAUAAGUUAUGUGACUCUAAAUCGUCAAAUCACCCCUCUGUACAAUUGUUUACUUUCUUUCUAGUCAUAAUUGUUUUAUAUGCAAAAGAUGUUUAACUAUUGUAUAAAAAACUUCUAUAUAAAUGAAAAUAAACGAAGGAAAUACAUUUAUUA